UCCUUGUCCAAGCGCCUAGCCGCUGCCUGUCCUGACCCCACACUCUCCUUGUUCUCUCGCGACCUUUAAAUACUGCCUGCCCCGCGACCUCUCCUUCCCCGCGUCCUGCUUUCCAUCCCCACUCCUUUCCUCACUCUUACCUUUCCCUCCCCUACCCUCCAUGGCAGCCUCCCAAGACCUCCAGCGCGAGGACACCUCCCUUCCGCUCGAGAAGAACUACAGCGACGACGAAGAUGUCCACCGCGCAAUCAACGCCAUCGACAUCACCGAGCGCGUCGAAAACGAGCGCUACACCCUCUUCUCCUGGCCCAUGGUCCGGCUCAUGCUCGUGCUUACUGUCGGGUAUCUAUGCGGUAUCGUCAACGGCUAUGAUGGUAGUUUGAUGGGUUCCAUUAACGGCAUGACCUCCUACCAGGAUUUUUUCCAUAUGACCUCCGCUGGCUCCUCCACCGGUAUCAUCUUCGCCAUGUACAACAUCGGCUCCCUCCCCGCCGUCCUCUUCACCGGCCCCAUCAACGACCACUUCGGCCGCCGCUGGGGUAUGUUCACCGGCGCCGCCAUCAUCAUCAUCGGCACCUGCAUCGAAGCCCCCGCCAAAAACAAGGGAAUGUUCCUCGCCGGCCGCUUUGUUCUUGGCUUUGGCGUUUCCUUUGCCUGUGUUUCUGGCCCCACUUAUGUCUCUGAGAUGGCGCAUCCGGUGUAUCGCGGUACCCUGCUCGGUCUCUACAACACCUGCUGGUACAUCGGCUCCAUCGUCGCCUCGUGGGUCUCCUACGGCUGCACCUACAUGGACAGCUCGUACGCGUUCCGCAUCCCGAUUUGGUGCCAACUCUUCUCGUCCGUGAUCAUUCUCGCGUUUGUCUUCUUCAUCCCCGAGUCGCCGCGAUGGCUAGUCGAGAACGACCGCGCCGACGAAGCCCGCAAGAUUCUCAUCAAAUACCACGGCAACGGCGACGAAGACCACCCGAUCGUCGAGCUCGAGAUGAAGGAAAUGGAAGCCGCCUACGUGGUCGACUCGUCCAACAAGCGAUGGUGGGACUACCGAGGCCUCUGGAACUCGCGCGCUGCUCGCAAGCGCAUGUUUUGCGCGCUCGGCAUGGCGGUCUUUGGCCAGUGGAGUGGAAACUCAAUCACCUACUACUUCUCCGAGAUUACCGACAUGGCCGGCAUCACCGACGAAGGCACCAAGCUCAUGCUCAACGGAAUCAACUCGCCUAUCUGCUGGGUGGGCGCCGUGAUUGGCGCGCGUCUUUGCGAUUUCCUCAACCGCCGCGCGAUGCUCAUGUCCGCGAUCUCGUUCUCGUCCGUGACGUUCGCGAUCAUGUGUCCGCUCGUCAAGUACGGUAUGGCGGGGAACAAGUCUUCGUCGCGCGCGUCGCUGGCUAUGGUUUACAUUUUUGGUUUCUUCUUCUCAAUGGGAAUCACGCCCUUGCAGUCGAUGUACAUCGCCGAGGUGCUCGACACCGAGACCAGAGCGAAGGGUACCGCUGUCGGCAACUUCACCUCCAGCUUAGCAUCGGCCGUGAUCAACUACGGCAGUGGUCCCGCGUUCUCGCAGAUCAAGUACUACUUCUACCUCGUCUUCAUGGGCUGGGACAUCAUCGAAGUCAUCGUCAUCUACUUCUUCUUCGUCGAGACCCGCGGCCGUACGCUCGAGGAACUGGCCGAGGUGUUUGAAGACGAGCAUCCCGUGCGCCGCUCGCUGAUGAAGAAGGACGCGAUCACGGUCGCGAGAAUCAUCGAGAAAAGAGGAGCGGUUGACGUCUUUGAGGCUGAGCUGAAGGCUUAAUAACUCAUCAUCAAUCUCAUGGUGUUAUUGUACUGCGUUGUCGUCUAUUUGUUUAAUUGUUGAAAUAAGCACUGUUGUGUAAUUUGUUUAGGUUCG